AUGGCUGUCAGAGCUCUAACACCCGUUCUGCGCUCUCACCGAGGGUUAGCCGGGUUAUGGAACGAAAAAGUAAUCGCUGCCAGCAGCAAGAUCGGCCCAUUAUUCAACGAUGACAACAGCCAACGACGUGGAGCACACAGAUGGAAUCCGGAUAUGGAAUACGUGAAACACUAUCUGCAAAAGGAGGAUAGCCGGUUUCUUGUACCAGAGACUGCGUGGGUUCGUAAGUCUCUGGAUAUGCCCGACGAAAUAUUCUCCACAGGGGUAGACGCCGCGCAUGAAAUACGAAACAUAGUGAUCAACUUUGGCCCUCAACAUCCAGCUGCUCAUGGAGUAUUGCGACUUCUUAUUGAGAUGAAUGCGGAGAUCGUGAUACGGACUGAUCCACAUAUAGGUCUCUUGCAUCGGGGCACAGAGAAACUGAUCGAAUAUAAAACGUACAUGCAGGCGUUGCCCUACUUUGACCGGUUGGACUACGUUUCCAUGAUGUGCAAUGAACAGUGUUUCUCGUUGGCCAUUGAGAAAUUGCUCAACAUCGAUGUGCCACUAAGGGCGAAAUACAUUCGAACGCUAUUCGGUGAGCUGACGAGAAUCCUGAAUCAUCUCAUGGGUAUUGGAACGCAUGCCCUGGACAUCGGUGCUUUGACACCGUUCUUCUGGUUGUUUGAAGAGCGAGAGAAGAUGAUGGAGUUUUACGAGCGCGUCAGCGGCGCCCGCAUGCACGCUGCUUACGUCCGUCCCGGCGGUGUUUCUUUGGACAUGCCGUUGGGCCUGAUGGACGACAUAUACGAGUGGGCCGCAAAAUUCGCGGAGCGAUUAGACGAAGUGGAGGACUUGCUGACGGCGAACAGAGUCUGGACUGGUCGUACGAAGGACAUCGGUGUCGUCACGGCGCAACAGGCGAUAGAUUGGGGAUUCAGCGGUGUGAUGUUGAGAGGUUCGGGCAUCAAAUGGGACUUGAGGAAAAAAGCGCCAUACGAUGCUUACGAUCUAGUCGACUUCGACGUUCCAAUCGGUCAGUUCGGAGACUGUUUCGAUCGGUACGUCUGCCGCAUGGAGGAGAUGCGGCAAUCGUUGCGUAUCAUCCUCCAGUGUCUCAAUCAAAUGCCGCUGGGCGAAGUAAGGGUUGACGACGCGAAGAUCGUGCCACCGAGACGAGAGGAGAUGAAAACGAGCAUGGAGGCGUUGAUACACCAUUUUAAGCUGUUCACUCAAGGAUUCCAAGUCCCACCUGGUGCGACGUACACCGCGAUCGAGGCGCCCAAGGGUGAAUUUGGUGUUUACCUCGUAAGCGACGGUAGCAGCAAACCAUACAGGUGCAAGAUCAAGGCGCCAGGCUUUGCCCAUUUGGCGGCUAUGCGUCACAUGGGUCCUGGAUGUUUCCUCGCGGACAUCGUAGCCAUUAUCGGUACCCUAGACGUGGUCUUCGGCGAGAUCGAUAGAUAAUUUAGUGUUUGCUAUCUUUUCUCAAUAGCAUAGAAAUUUUCUGCUCGCCUUUCUCCACUCUGUCUGUGAUCCGCGCGCUUCGUAUGUGAAUGUGGAUCAUACGUGUGGAAUAUAAAAGGAUAUACGUGAUUGUAUAGAUUAAGAUUAAGCAAAUAAAAUGUAUUGGUUAGUUCCCAGA